AAAGAAAGGCUAGAGAGUGAUCAGAGUGCUAAUUCGUUGUGUAAUCGUUGGUGCACAAUAAACGAAAAAGUGGCCAAGUUUAUUGGAUUUUACAACCAGAUUUUGGGAAGAAAUCAAAGUGGAUUGAGUGAGCAAGAUAAGGUCGACCAAACAGUAGAGAUGUAUGAGCGGGUUAUGAAAGAGAAAUUUAUGUUUAUACGUCACUGGAAUGCACUAAAAUUUUCGCCAAAAUAUCAAGCUAGUUUGGCAAAGAAAAACAAGCCAGCUAAAGACAAAGAUGCAUCUUCACAAUCUGUUGAUAGUCAGAUUCCUACAAGCCUAGAAUCCGAUGAAAUGAUGGAACGUCCAAUUAGAAGGAAAGCUACAAAGAGAUUGAAAAGAGUUGUCAAUGAAGCAAAAGAUGAGGAGGGCUUAGAAAUUCUUAAAACAAUGCAGAAAGAUACAUUGGCCAUUGCUUCUUCAAGAACAGAAUCAGUUCAAAUGAGCUUGCAAUUACAGAAGGAAAUGAGGCAGUUACAAAAAGAGAAGUUGCAGUUACGCUUAGCUAAGGAGGAGCGGGAGAGGCAAAAAGAGGAGCGAGAGAGGCAAGUUUAUGAAGCUUCCAUCAUGGCGAUUGAUACUAGUAAAAUGCUACCAGAUCAAGCUAAAUAUUAUGAUGCACUUAAAGCUAGGAUAAAGAGAAAUAUAUCAUGAUAUGUUUUCAUUUUAUGUACUGACUUUAACGUGCGAAUA